UCAUCAUCAUCGCAGUUUGAUUUAAGAAUAAUCUCCAUUUGAUAUAAUUAACCAUGGCAAACUUCAUCUUGUUUUCCUUCUUCAUUUUCAUGAUCAACGUUGUUGUUUUCUUUCCAUCCCUUGCAACCGCUGUCUCCUGUGGUGGUUCAUGCAAGAACCUAGACGAUUGUGACGGCCAACUAAGUUGCAUUAACGGAAAAUGCAACGAUGACCCGGACGUCGGAACCGAUACCUGCGGCGCUGGACGUACUAGUCCUAGCACACCUUCCGGUCCCGGAUCAUCUACGUCAGAUGGUUGUAGACCGUCCGGUUCUUUCACGUGUAACGGUCAAAGGAAAUCCACGUUCACAUGCUCGCCACCUGUCACCGGGUCAACGCCCGCUAUUCUCACCCUCAACGACUUUGACCGGAACGGGGAUGGCGGAGCGCCUUCGGAAUGCGAUGAGAGUUUCCAUGAUAAUUCGGAAAGAGUGGUUGCGCUUUCAACCGGGUGGUACUCCGAUGGGGCGAGGUGCGGGAUGAUGAUCAGAAUCACCACCGGAAACGGCAGAAGCACGACGGCGAAAGUGGUGGACGAGUGCGACUCGAGGCACGGUUGCGACAAAGAGCAUGCGUUUCAGCCGCCGUGUGAUAAUAAUAUUGUGGAUGGUUCGGAUGCUGUGUGGAGAGCUCUUGGACUGGAUGAAGAGAUUGGACGAGUUCCAGUUACUUGGUCCAUGGUGUAAGGCUAACGUCACGCUGCUGAUGUCAUUAUGGGACUGUUGACUUUAAUUAAGGAAGAAGACCGCUUUAAGUUACCAGCUUUAAUUAAGAUUUACAAUUAAAUAAAAACUUCGUUAUUUAUCUAGUCAUUCAGAUUUCAAAGCAUAUUUUGCGUUGAUUUAUCAUGGGGUGUGAUUACACUUGC